UCUCCGAUUCUUUUCUCUAAGAAUGCAAUGCUGAUUCACUACAAGCAAUCAGCAGCUACAAUUUUUUUUUUUUUUUGAAUGGACGAGGCUUUAACCUGGCCGAGUGGCUUUAAUUACCUCAUUCCCAGGGAGACAUUUUACAGCAUGCUAAUGAAGACUGCUCUGUGUUCAGUGCUCUGUUGCUGUGAGACAAACGAAAAGACAUCCAAAUAGUUUAAAAGGGGGUAAAGGGGCAACACCGUGCUGGACACAAUGCUAAUAAGUCACUGAGUACGAACAGAAAAAGAAAGAAAGAAAGGGGGGAAAGGGAAAGGGCAGAGAACAGGGAGAAUGAUAAAGGCUGUUUUAAGAGGAGGUGGUGAACAACAGUGUAAAUGUUAGACACAGUGGAAAGGGAAAGGGAACUGGGUUCUCAGAGGCCUCAUGGACGGACUAUGACAUGGAUCUCAUGCUCCUGACUCUCAUCCUGAUCCUCAGCACUGUGACGAGCUGCUCCAGUGAUGAAGAUUUUUGCCCAAAAGGAGCCCAGAUAGACCGAGACGGAUUGCACUGUUACUGGACGUCAGCGUCUGCAUUAACCUGGCAAGAAUCAAGGACUGAUUGUCAGAAAAUUAACCGAGGAGAUCUCGCCGUGGUGGACAAACCGAGCGUUCAGAAGUUUAUAGAAAACUCAUUUCUGCUAGAAGCCCCUGCACUGGUUUGGCUAAGAAAUGGACUCUCAAGUCUUUUAGGUUCUGCUAUCCCGAAUCAUGAAGACAGAGAGCGAGAGACUUGUUCUCAGAUGUCUCUUGGUUCGGGACAGUGGACAAGCAGCCCAUGUAUCCAAAAGCAUCGCUUUAUCUGUGGGAAACAGAUAUCAGUGUCUUUGCCAUCAUUGGACAGCUACGUCAUUGGAGUGCCGCUAAUGUCUGGCGUAUACACACAGUCCCAGUUACAUGCACUGCCCUCACCACCGGACUUAGAACAACAGAGAGCUGAAAUGAUGCUGUUCCCAGGAAUAUGGGUCAGUCACGGAGGCCAGGUGCUCUCUGUAGAACUGGUAGCUCAGCCCAGUCAGCAACUUUCCAUGGCCAAAGUUCAGAUUUUACGGCCAUACUGCAGCCCGAAUCAUCACUUAGUGCCCCCAGGCUGCAGCUCCAUCCUCAAUCUGUUCACCUGCUGCUCUGUGAAGCCUCUGUGCAACACCACCGGUGGCUGUCCAAACGGACAGUACUGGUGCCAUCUGGUGGAGAGCUGCCUGCCAGUCACCAGUCCCUGCAGCCCUUAUCACUCAUCUGCUGAUGGACACGGCUUCACUCUGCCUCCCCGCUACACUGCAGUGACUCCUUUCUACCACAUGGUGGCAGACAUAGCUUUGGAAAUACCUCCAGCUGAUGAGCCUGUCCACAUCGACGUCAUGUUUAAAGGAAAAAAGUUCCCUGUAUUUCCUGACGAUAUUAUUGCCGUUCAGCACACUAGAAGAUCCGGAGAGUUCCUGCGCUGUACGAGCGGCUCUGAUUCCGCCUGGCGCCAGAGCUACAUCUCCAUUCCUGGACCUGAGUGGGGUGGCUGGGUAGAUGUCGCAGUGCCCGCUCUGACAGAUCAAGGCCACUGGGUGGACAACAUGUCCUGCGACCUGCGUCUGAUCUACGAAGACCCUGGACAUCUCUAUGGUUCUUCUCCUCUCGUGAACAGCACACAGAGUGAACUCAGUAUAGACUUGAGCACACCGAGCAGCAUUCUGAUCAACGCUCAGACCCCAGUGACAGGAAUGCAGAUUCUCUAUCCUGUACUUAGCAAAGAAAACCAAAUACAUUUACCAGUAAAUAGCCAAACACUAUUUAUUAUCAAGAUCCUUUCAGGAAGAAAUGCGACAAGCUUAUGGUCUGCCCCGGUGUCCAGGGCAGGAGUCCCGUUCCUAAAGUCUUGUCCAGCAGAGAUUUCUGAAAUUCAGGGCAUUUGUCAGAGGGAUUCUCCUGAUACGUGGUUCUCUUACGCAUACGUCAUGCCCACUAGCCAAGGGGAACAAACUCUGAACAUUACAGCGUCGAACCAGCUGAACUCUCAGAUGCUGAGUGUGAAGAUUCAAGCUCAUAUUAUUAUCACAGGACUGAGAAUACAACCGCAGGGAUUUCAUAGAGUUCUAGUGGACAUACCACAGAUGUUCACUGCAGCAGUGGCCACUGGUUCAUCUGUGAAGUACACCUGGGUAAUUGAUAAUCUUGUCCAGUUUGCCCACACAGGAGAGGCUUACAGUGUCACUUUCAACAAACCAGCAGAGUACACGCUCAAGGUAACAGCAGAGAAUCCGGUUAGCAUUCAGUGCACAGAGGCCAAACUCACGGCAGAUGUAAUGACCCCAUUAGCUGACCUCACAUUACUCUCCAAGAGGGAGGCUGUUGCUGUAAACACCUCAGACAUCUACGCCAUUAGAGUGAAACUGGAUGUCUCUAUCGGUGUCAUAAUAAGGUGGGAUUUUGGUGAUCGUUCUAGCUGGGUUAAUCAUACAGUCAUCGCUCCGUUACAAAGGAACGAUGUACCACUGGAUCGGACUGCAACACAGAUAUACCUGCAGGACACUGCACAUCAUACCUACACAACACCAGGUGACUACACACUGAGGAUACAAGCCCAAAAUGAAUACGACUUUAUCCAAAUGGCUGUGCUACUUAAAGUGAGAUCUCCACUGACCAAGCUGCUAGUUUUAUCAAAGCCUGCUCUCCCCAAAGUGAACCAAACUAUUCUGUUUGAAGCCUCAUCACAGCCAUCUUCAUAUGGAAUAGUUUACAUGUGGAACUUUGGAGAUGGCUCGUCAGAGGUUGAAGGACCUCAUAAGAUAACCAGGCAUGCUUUUAAGAAAGCCGGUGUGUUCAAUGUUUCUGUGUGUUCCAACAACACCCUGUCAAGGCUGAAGUCCUGGAUGGUUGUAGAAGUUUUUGAAACUAUCUCAGGUGUCCAUCUGAGGUUUAAUGGCCCCAGUGAACUCAAUUCAAUCACUGAAAUCAGUGGAAGCGUAUCUACAGGUACCAAUCUCAGAUGGACCUUUGAUCUUGGUGAUGGGACUGUGUUUAAAGACCUCGAGAAGAACUCAGUCUCCCACGUCUAUAGGUCUACGGGAAACUACACUGUCCAAGUAACAGUUUGGAAUGCCGUGAGCAGCGUGAGACAGUCUAUCAGUGUAGAAAUUUAUCAACUUGCUGUUAUGGGAAUCCUGCCAGCGGACUGCAUCGUGAGUGGAAAGGAAGUAAAUCUUCAGGCACUAGUGACAGGGAAUGUUUCUCAGCUAACUUUCCAUUGGCGUUUUGGAGACAGUACUGGCAUGUCCGUGAAGAAAGGAACACCAACUAUUACCCAUACGUUCUCAGGUACUGGGCGUUACCUCGUCGACGUGACCAUCUAUAGCCAAGCAGGAUCUGCACACUAUCAGACAAACGUAUGUGUUGAGACCUUAAUUACAGAUUUGAACCUGCACUCAUCUCUAAACGUUGCAGCGGUGGGUGAAGAGAUAUGUUUUGAUGUGUCAGUGCUUCCAGCCCGUGGUGAAAGCUACCAAUUUCUCUGGUAUAACAGCUCUUCCUGUGACUGCCCUGUCAAUGGGACAUCACAUCACUGCUUUGUUUUUUCAGAAGAAGGCAAGCAUGAAAUUGUGGUAAUCACACAAAACCAGGUCAGCAAAAAAUCUGCAGCAACAGCCAUUUUUGUCCAAAGACCUAUAUCAAAACUGAUUGUACGACACAAUGGCGAUAUGGAUGUGUUUACUGUCAAUCAGUCAUAUUACUUUUGGACUGAGCCAAGCCAGAAUAAUGUUGUUACUGAGUGGGACUUUGGUGAUGGAUCACUGAAGAAUGAAGGCCAAAAUAUGUCACAUACUUUCACAUCAGCUGGUCAGUAUCAUGUCAGUGCUUCAGUUUUUAAUGCAAUUAGCAAAGAGAUUGUGGGUGUUGAUGUAGAAGUCCAGGUUCCUAUAUCUAAUGUAAUAAUACAUACUAAUCAGCCAUUUGCAGAAGAAGGACAAGAAGCAGUUUUCACUGUUUCAAGCAAUGUCAUGGAUAAAGUCGAUUUUUAUUGGACAGUGGCCUCCCUGGCUGAUUCACAGCUUGGAACAUCAGAGUACAAAUAUGUGUUUCCAAAAGCAGGGAUCUUUCAUGUUAGAGUCAUAGUACAGAAUCUUGUCAGCAAAAUUGAAACCUCAACAACAAUCGAGGUUUUAGAGAGAAUACAAGACGUCCAAAUUACAAGCCAGAUUCUUAAAUCUAUGAGAUAUUUCCCCACAAACGAGACCAUCACUUUGAUUGCUUCUGUAAACCAUGGUACCAGCUUGGCAUAUCAGUGGUUAGCUCUUCAAGAUGGUGUUAAUGAUGUAGUUGGUGUUGGCGAACAUUUUAAAUUAUAUACAAGUCACCCUGGGAAUGUGUCUGUCAAGCUUAUAGUUGCCAAUGUUCUUGGUAAAGUGCACAGUAAUUUUUCUUUAAGGGCAGUUGAACAUAUUUCUGGUGUAAAUAUCUCAUCACCAUUAAACGUAAUAGCAAAAGGAAAACCCAUUAAGAUAGAAGUGACUAUGAAAACUGGGACAGAUCUUCAGUAUAUUUGGUUUUUAGAUAAUGAUCGCUCUCCUAUAACAACAGAUGUACCUGUUGUAGUUCAUGUUUUCAAUGCCACUGGUGGUUUUAAGCUAAAAGUGUCAGUGGGAAAUGUUCUGGGCUCAGUCAAUACCACUAAACAACUCACAAUUCAGGAGCCCGUUUCAGAGAUUGACUUUGAGGUAAAUGGCCAAUCACAUCCCUGCUUUGUCACAUCAAACAGUCUCUUGAAGUUCCAUGGAUCUGUCAGAAAAGGAAAUGAUCUACACUGGGAGUGGACUUCCAUUUUAUGGGAAAGAAGUGCAAUUGUUUUAGGUAAAAAUCAAACCAUCAACUACUCCUUUACAGAUGCAGGAGAUCAUCGUGUAACACUUAACGUCUCAAAUGAGAUCAGCUGGCAGUCCGUGUCACAUAUAGUAACAGUGCAAGAUGCCAUUAAAGGUCUUAGUCUAAGAAUCAGCGAUGCGAUCAUCUGUGAGAAUGAUCCAAUCACUUUCACGCCGUCCAUCAUUCAGGGAAGCAGUGUUUCAUUCAGCCUGGAAUUUCCAGGAGGGAAUACAUCCCUAAAAGUUCAGGAGGAUUUUACCACUUCAUCCAUUCCUGUCGGAAAUCACACCAUCAAAGCAAUUGCUAAGAAUCUUGUUAGUGCCUUAUCAGUAAACAUCACAGUGAAGGUAGUAGAACGAGUUAAAGGUCUUCAUUUGGUUGACUGCUGCUCUUCUGUCUUGGAAGCCUCAAAAACGGUCAGUUUCAAAGCAUCAGCAAGCACAGGAUCUAAGGUCACUUACCGAUGGAAUUUCCACUUAGACGGCUUCAAAACCUUACAACAAACUGGUCAAAAUGUCCUGUAUUCCCCAUUUAGCAAUGGAUCCCUGUCUGUGACAGUAGAAGCUAGGACUGACUUCUGUUCGCAGUCCAUUACAAAGACAGCGCAAGUUCAGUGGCCAGCGAAAAAUGUGAAGCUCUCCAUCUUAUCUGGUAGACCUUUUGUAGAUCACAAAGUCACAUUUUUUGCCCUUGUUGAUGGUGGGAGUGACCUUAUGUUCAAGUGGAACUUUGGUGAUGCUAAUGAAGGGAUCAGGGUUACAAAAUCCAAUAAGGAAGUCUACAAAUAUAAUGUUGAAGGCAGAUUUGUGGUCCAAGUAACUGUUUUCAAUAACAUCAGCCAAGUCUCAGCACACUUCCCCGUUCUGGUAAGGAAACUGGAAUGCACCCAGCCUCGCGUCACCCUCAUCCAAGAACAGGCGAAAAUUCUUAAAUCAAGGCCAAACUAUUUUGAAGCAAGUGUGGAUCUGAAUGAUUGCAUUUCUUACAAGACAAACUACCUCUGGGAGAUCUUUAAGGCUCCAGACUGCACAGAAAGGAAAGUCUUUUUAAAUGGUUCAGUGGAUGUUACCACACCACUCCUGACUCUCCCAAAGCACACACUAGAAUUGGGAGACUAUUGUCUAAAGUUUACUACUAGUUUUGAAGGAACACCAUUACAACAUUAUAAGACUACAGGGUUUUCUGUAGUGAACAGUCCAUUGGUUCCACUGAUCAAAGGUGGCUCUUUCCAAAUUUGGUCAAACCAGAAAGACCUGAUACUAGAUGGAACUGAAUCUUAUGAUCCUGACACUACAGUUCAAGAUGCUGAUCUGUUGGAGUUUCAAUGGGACAUAACAAUAGAGCGGAACACCAGCACAUCUCGCUAUCCAGCAUCCUUCCUUGAUAAUUAUCCUAUUCAGUGCAACAGCAGCAAGCUUAUUCUGCCCAGGCAUGUACUAGAGCCAGAGAGAGUGUACCACUUCACACUAACAAUUCAGAAACAUGGUAGAUCACCUGUCUCUACUGUCCAGCAUGUUCAAAUAAAUGAAGCAGAAGUGCUACCUGUGACUAUAAAGUGUGUGUCCUGCAGAUUGGUGUUUUCUUCUUCUGUCAGUUACAGCCAUCCUAUUGCUUUGGCUGGACGUUGUCCUCUGUGCAAUAGCACUGUUCAGUAUAACUGGACUGCGGAAAACUCAAAAGGUGAAGUUUUACUGCUGAAUGAAGUCACCACUUCAACAGGACACAGCUUUGCAGAUCUUGUCAUGAGACCCAAUAUGCUAAAACCUGGAUUUGAGUAUAUAUUCAGUCUUAAUGUGACCCAACCAGCUACUGGACUAUGGGGAUCAGCGAGCAUUGCUUUAACCCCCAAUCACCCACCCAAGGCCGGCAACUGCACACUGUCUCCAGGAGAUUCGGUUCAACUUCUACAAAAUGUAGUUUCAUUCAACUGCUCAGGCUGGGUGGAUGAAGACAGUAGCUCUGCUCAGAUGAUAUACGCUCUUCAUGUAGCACAAUGUGAGAGGCCGGGAACACAGUGUCCCUUGAUAACCCUAUACCGAGGCACACAAGGCACUUUUGGCACGCUGGUACCCCUGGGCAUUACAAGACCAGGCCACAAUGCUUCCAUCAUUACUGUAAUAGUGACUGUUGAAGACAACAUGGGAGCCAAAGUCACUGCUAUCAAUAGGAAUCUGGUAGUCAUGGUGCCUGUGAGUGACCAAGAUACAACGGAAUGGUUGAGGAAAAAGAGUCAGGAGGAACUGUGGGCUUUACUGAAACAAGGCAACCCUCAGGAUGUUAUACCAUAUGCUACUGCUCUGACCAGCCAGCUCAAUCAGUUAAAGGCCACUAGCAUGCAGGAGUUUAAGGACAAAGUCCAGAUGCGAGGCAAUGUGACCCAGGCCUUGGCCUCUCUCUCAGUGUCCUCGCUUCAGGAUGCAGCACAAAUUAGCUCAGCUUUGGCUCAUUCAACUGCCAUUACUUCUGAGAUUCAUUGUGGAGACUGUAACUCUCGAGUCGUGGAGGCCAUGGGGAAGAUGAUCAACGUGAUCAGAGAGCAAACUAGACAAGGAGAUGUUACUCCUAUAGACACUGGAAGGAAUAUUCUGAAUGUUUUAAGUAGCUCAAUGUCUGUUCAGUAUUCAGCAAACGCUUCAGGUUUACUCUCCCGCCACACUCAACAUCAAGACACUGCAAUGUCAGCGUUUUAUCAGGUCGGACAGCUAAUGCGUAGCUUAAUGUGGUCACGGAUGCCUGGCGAGGAAGCUCUGUCCCUCAAAGCGCCACAAAUCAACGCCGUAGGCAAACGCAGUGACCUGACUUCAGACCUCCUGUGUACUGACCUGUCCAGCCCUUGCCAGUUUCACAUCCCUCCGAAUCUGAGCUCACAACUGAGGACUGAAAGACAGGAAAUUGUUCAGAUUCUCCUGUUUAUGGAGAGCGAGGCGCUCCCAUUCAUCUCCGCUGCAGAUCCACCAAUUUCUACUACGCUAGCUGCGAUGGAGUUCGCCACACCACAGGGUCUGCCGAUCCCCAUUGCAAACCUGACGGCAGAAAGUGCCAUACGUGUGACUCUACAAAACAAGAAGAUGGAGGUCUCAGGAAGGGUUAAUGUCACUCUGCCAUCAGAAGGAAUUGUGAAUUUCACAGUCGGGGCUGUUGAAACGGAGCCGAAUGCUGGGCUCUUUGUCGCCUUUAACUUCAGCUUGAUUCAAGGAAGUGGUACGUUGAGCUCUGGAAAAGUCAGCAUCAUUGUAACUGAUGACCAAACCUUUCAACCGUCCCAACACUCUCAUGUUAAAGAACUCACCCUCGCCUUCUCAAGCACGAGACCUUCAGUGGAGGAAACAGUCUUCCUCACACCAGUCUUGAAUGGCUCUGCUAAGGACCUGUACGUGACCCUAAAGAACAGCGUGGGUGUGGAGUUGUGUGUCUCGGUGUGUGUGUUCAGCUCGCUCUGCCAGUUCUUCAGCAUGGAACAGAGACGCUGGAGCACAGCCGGUCUGAGCGUGCUCAGUACUAGCAGCCCUGACGCUGCUCACUGCCUCACUGAGCACCUCACACUGUUUGGAGCCAGUCUGUUCAUUCACCCAGAUGCCAUCGUACUACUCCCACCAUCAGAUGGACCGAGCAGGAACUUGCUGGUGGGGAUAGUGUGUGGGAUUCUACUCCUGAUUCAUCUGCUGGUUGGUCUCAUCACCCACAAACUAGACCAUCUGGACAGCCUGCGCUUGAGCUCCAUCCCACUAUGUGGCCAGUCAGGUCGCUACCGUUAUCGGGUACUGGUCAAAACUGGCUGGUACAGAGGGGCCGGAACCUCUGCUCAUGUAGGUAUUAGUCUGUAUGGUCUAAACAAAAGUGGCUCACGGCACCUGCAAAGAGAAGGAGCUUUUCAGAGGAACGGUCUAGAUGACUUUCAGGUAGAAACUGAUGUUAACUUGGGAGAAAUCUGGAAAAUAUGCAUCUGGCAUGACAACACAGGUCUGGACCCUUCAUGGUAUCUUCAGCAUGUGACAGUGUGGGACAUGCAGACGGAUAACAUGUUCUUCUUCCUGGUGGAGGACUGGCUGUCUGUGGAGAAUGAAAAGAACUCGGGAUUGGUUCAGAAAGUGGUGCUGGCUACAUGCCCCCCAGAGCUUCGGCAGUUCGGGAGGAUUUUGCGUGCACAGCUCCUAUUCGGACUGCAGGAUCAUCACCUCUGGCUGUCUCCAUGGGAGCGUCCAGCUCACAGCACUUUUAGCCGAGCUCAGAGAGUAACUUGCUGCGCUCUGAUUCUGCACCUUUACCUGGCAGCAGGGGCAGUGUGGUACGGAGCAGUGGCCACAAUAAGCAGCGGAGGUCCAGUCGCUGACCUGAUGCCGAUGACCCCAGAGACCAUACUGGUUGGAAUGACCAUCGCUGUUGUGAUGUUUCCCCUCCAAUCCCUCCUCACCUUCCUGUUCAGAAAGACCAAGAGCAAGGUUGCCGUGGAGCUCUCUCUGCCUCCUUCCCCCAUGUCUGAUAUUGUAGAGAUGGAUGUGUACUUCAGCCACCCAGAUAUGUCCUGCGCUUCCUUUUUGUCCAUGCCUACAGGCCACGAGUCCUCCACACAUGAAGGAUCUUCCCUUGAGUCCUUGGAGAGCCCAAAACUGGAGUCGGAAUUUUGGAACACUUCACACUUUGGGAGUGAAAGUCCUCGCUCUAGCAGAGUGGACCAGUGGACAUCAAGCGACAGCAUUUUAGGCCUUGCUGAGGUGAUCGGACCCACACGGCUGUUGAAGAGAAAAAGAGCGCUUCUUCAGUUAAGACUGAAUUCUCCAACAUCUGAAUGUUCAAGCUCUGAAGAUAGCAGUUCUCCAUAUCUGAAGAAACAGCAACCAUCGUUCUCUGGAGAGGAGUUGCAGCCUGUAUCUGCAGAUCCUUUCUUAUCCAGUGCUGCUUCCUCAGGGCCAAGUACAUCUGAUAGUGGCCGAUAUUCACCCAACGAAACUGUUCUAUCUGACACACUGGAAAGUUCCUCUAGUGAAUGGAUGGAUCUGAGUGUGGAGAAAUCAGAUUGCGACACUGGUCUUUAUAAAUCCCACUGUUCCAUGUCAGUGUGUAGUGUGGCCAGUACCUUCCUCCCCAGUCUUCCCCCAGACUCCUUCAGCACCACCUCCACCACACACAUAGGUGUGUCUCGCAGUGGGCCAGGUCUGGUGCUACCAUCUUGGGUGUUGGCUGUGGCUUAUCUUCUUGUGGCUGUGCUCUUGGGAAUGUGUCUGACCUUGGUGGGCUUAUACGGGAGCACCUUCUCCAACUCGGUGCUCCUCAUGUGGCUCACUUCGGUCCUGUCAGCCUUCUUCACAUCAGUCCUGGUCCUGGAGCCUCUCAUGAUAUGUGUUCGGGCCAUGUAUCUUGCCUCUGUGGUGAAACCAGUAGAUCCAGAGGUGGAGGAUCGGUUGGUCCAGGAGACUGUAGUGAUGAGGAUGGGGAAGGAUCAAGGGGUUAAAGUGCGUCCUCUCUGUGGCUACGGCCUGCUGCAUGCUAAAGAGGAGGCACGGAAAGUACGAAUUCUCAGAAAUCUAAUGAAGAACUGCCUGAUCUACAUGCUGUUCCUCUUGGUGGUUCUCAUGAUGAACUAUCAGGAUAAUAUCCAGCAGAUGAACAGCAGAUUGCUCCACCCUGCAGUUAAACGUUCAAUCAUCUCAGCCUCGCCAGGACAUCCUAACCUUACAGCCCUAUCAGGGUGGACAGAAGUGUGGCAGUGGAUGGACCAAAGCUUAACAGCACACCUCCAUAAAAAUCCCUCCCUCACUCUGAUUGGCUUAGCACGACUACAGAGAAUGAAGGCAACAAGCUAUUGUGGAGGGAAUACCAAAGACACAGUGAAUCAUGGCCAGAUGUUGAUGAUGUUCAGUGCUCAAAAUUCAGGACAUCUGAGACAAAGACACCAAAGCAACAGUACUACCUCCCUCCUCACCUGGCCGUGGUCCACAGCACAGUCAUGUGUCUCCAGUGAGACCGACGAGAUGUUGCUCGGAAACAGCAGUUUCUUCACCAGUCACAUCCUGUCAGGCCUGAAACAAACACAUUGGAUCACAGCAGAGAUGCAAGCCAUGUUAGUUGAGUUUACUCAGUACCACAGAGAGACAGGGAUGUUCCUGCCAGUCUCCAUACUGCUGGAGAAAACACAGACACAGCGGAUUCUCUCCACCAUCUCCAUCCAGUCUUUUCAUAUCCCAGGCUCUUUCUCUGGACUAGACUUAAACAUCGCCAUAACGGCUCUACUGCUGAUCUUCUCCUUGUGUUUUCUGAGUGCCGAGGUUUGGAGGAUGCUCAGAGAGCGAGCUCAGUACCUAACCCAGGGUUGGCAUCUCUUCCAGCUCUUGAUCGCUUUACUGUCCUUCUCAGCAGCUUCAGUGCGCUUUUGUUUCUUGUCCACGGCCACCACAUGCCUUUCUGUUCAUGUCUCCCAGCCUGACACCUUCACUGGAUUUCACAGCAUUGCCGCUUUAGCCAAGAGUUCCUCGCAGCUCUCGGCUGUGUUACUGAUGCUGCUGGUUCCACAGAUGGCAAGUUCUCUGCAGUUUGUAAGAAGAUGGGUGGUAUUCGGAAGAGUUCUCCAUCUGGCCUGCUCUGAGAUCUGUGGAGUAGCCCUCCUGUUCGUGCUUCUGCUGCUUCUCUUCUCCCACACAGGCAGCUUGCUUUUCUCAGUUUCAGUGGAAGGCUUCAGGACUGUAAUGCAAGCUAGUCAGACUGUGAUGUGCUUGUUAAGAAAUCGAAUAGUUUUACGGCAAUUGUCUGAGGAGCAUCCAGUGCUUGGGCCCCUAUUCUGCCUCACUGUAUUUGGGCUGGGGUUCUGGCUCCUUGGGCGUCUAUGUGGAGCCGUAUUACUGCAUAGGUACAAGACUAUCCAGGCAGAAAUGUACCGGCCAUCCAUGGAACCACAGGACUAUGAGAUGGUAGAGUUUCUCAUCAAGAGGCUCAAGCUAUGGAUGGGGCUCACCAAGAUAAAGGAGUUCAGACACCGAGUAAAGUUUGAGGGCAUGGAAUCACCACCUUCCAGAUCAUCCCAGUGCUCCCAGUUGUCCAGCAUCUCCUCGCCCAUCAGUCCUCCAGGGCCUCGUCUGGUGUCCUCUGCUUCUUCUCAGGUCUCAGAGUCUUCCACCCUCUCUGAGAGCCAUGAGGUCCAGCAAUACCUGGAUCGCUUGCUGCCCUCCGUGGACAGUCUCCUUGCUGGUUUUGAUCGUGUCAAUCAACUGACCGAUGAUGUCUUGAACAUUGAGCAGCAGCUUCAGAAAGUCCAAAGCAGAAUUGUCCAGAACAGAAGGAAGCAAAGCGAGCCACAACCACAGAUGCCCCCAACCCCAAAACUGGCAAGACCUAGCCAAUCUUCCCUUUGCAUGGGACUGAAGCCUCUUCGGUCUUCUCAUGAUGGUAUUCCUGAAGUCCCCCCUCGUCGCCGUGCUACCCAAUCCGAGUCAUCUCUCCUGGGGCCUUCUGCUCAUCUCAUGACUUAUCUAUCAGCAGCAGGAAGGAGGACUUCUCAGAUAGCAGACCCAGAGAUUAAGGGUUACCCUCGACGAAGAGCCUGGCACUCAGGAUCCUGUCACUCUGCAGAUACCAUUCAAAGGUUCACUAAGUCUCAAAGCCCUGGGGCCAUUCCUGUAAGACCUCGCAGUGAAGAAAGGGAUUGGACUGAAGCAAGUGAAGGCAUGCCAAUUAAAAAAAGAGCCUGGCACUCUGAUCCCUCUGAGAUAGAAAAGGACUAAGUCUGUUGUGUGUGUUCUACAGACACAAAAUUUGGUAGAGUUCACUGGUAGGGGUAAAAACUUUUGUAUUCUUUAAAUGUGAACAGGAAGUCAAGUAAGGAGCAAGAAAGUGGGACAUUUAUGCUCCAUCUUUUUUAUACCAAAGAAAUUAACCAGUUCUUUGGUGUACCUAUCAAUCAUUUCUGUGUUCUAGUUAACUUGUACUGGUACAUGCCUUAUUUUAACUCCCAAAUAAUUUCUCAGCACUGUGACAUUUGUACCACAAAUUUAUGCUGUUCAUACAUGCAGCUUAAGGGACUGUUAAAGAAUGUGUUGCCUAUAUAUUUUUUAAUUAUAAUUAUCAGAGACCCUUAAGCUGGGGUUUGAAUUAUGGGAUGGAUAAAUAUCACAUUACUAUGUUUAUCCCAGAACAAACUCAGGACAAAUGAGCUGGAUAUCAUUAAGACAUUUCUUCCAUGAUUUUUUUUUUUUGGUAACUUUUUUUUUUUCAGUCAUGCUUUUCUUAAUGGCUGUUCCUACCAAAAAUAAAAAAGUGAGUACACUGAGUAAAAAAGACAAGACUCUUGAAUAUACAAUUGAAUAAACACUGGGAUGAUGUUGUUUGGACAGUGAACAUCUGGAUCUCAAUCGGCAGGAGCAAAAACAUGAGCACAAAAACUGGCCUAAAGUUAUACAUAUUUUUCAUGUCUGUCUGAUUAUAGCUUUGCUCAAUAAAUACAAUCAGAUCUUUUGUCAUCAACUGUAAGUUGCACAGAAAACUAUAGCCAUAUGGUGAAAACAUUCUGCAGUGUAAUUAUGAUGGGUCGGCCGUGUGAGAACAUCCUGAAAGCAUAGCUGUCAAAACAACCUCCCUCUUGUUUGUAAGGUGAUAUUUGAGUGACACUAAUGUAAACUCAGAGUGGGAACAAACUAACUGAGGAAGAGCUGUCUCUGUUAAAUAUCUUAAGGUAAAUUGGAAUUAGGUGUCACAUAGAGACUGCUUAAAAGUAAAGCUGACAAAAUAAUUAAGUAUAUACAAUGUAUGUCGGGAUACUUAAUAAGAACCCUGAGGGCUGUGAGCUGAGAAGACAGAAAGUUCUUUAUUUUUAAUACAGCCUCAUUAGAGUGUAUUGCAUGAUGUUACUGUUAGAUAUUACAGUGCCUUUUGUUAUAGUAAGCUGUUGGAGUUAGUGCAUAGGGUUUAAUACAUGGCCCUCACAUCAUUAUUUUGAAAAAAAGAAAAAAAAGGCUCCUAUUGCUACCAGCAAAAGCUCUGACACCAGAUGUGGAAAUCAACCUGAUGCUCCAGACAGUGACACAAGCAACCAUGUAAUAUUUAAACUAGUCACGAACAGGGGGAGGUCUCAGCAUGAAAGACGUGAUGGUUCAGAGUUCUGUUUGGAAGCUUGCACAUCAUCAUCACUCAAAAGACACAUCCCUCACCACAUGGCACAACUGCACCAGUGGGAAUCAUUUAUUACUCUUGCUAACUCCAUAAACUUUAUAAUUCAGAAAUUCAUUUCAGCACAAUGUUAUCUCUGAUGCUGUGUGGAUUUAUCAGUGCAUGAUAAUGACUUAUGAUUGAAAGGCAGAUAAUAUCACUGUCAUGAAUGAAAGACUUUAAAUGCAAGAUUUUUCAAACCAUGGACUGAAUUUUGUAAAAGGAAAUACUGUUAUAAGCAUUUUACCACUUACAUUUAAAGUACUACAUACAAUUAAAGCAUUUCAGUAUAUAUGUAUGAGAGGAAAACUGUUCAAGAUUGUUGAGCAACUUUUUUGAUUAUGAAAAUGUGACAUCUGAAUGCUUUCAUUACUACUGUAAACCCCUGGAUUCACUUAUCUCUUAGCUCUCAGAUUCAUACAGUCACAUUAUUUUAUGUGCAAGAAUGAACAGAAUUAAUACUGCGUCUUCAUCUUCGAUGAGGGAAAAAUAUUAAAAAUAUCGGCUUAAUUUCAAAGCACUCUACAUUAGAUUGUAACUGUUGUAGGUCAUUUGUUAUUAACUAUUUUAUUGCUUUGUCUGUUGGUAUAUUUAAAUAUACUCUGGACCUAAAUGAAAAAUUAAUGGUACCGAAUUUAAUCAUCAUUGUCCAAACCUACACAUGCCACUGAACUAAGGUUAUGAACAUUCUACUGGUCUACUGUUACCUCAUUGUACAAGAAUAGCAAACACUCCAAGGCAUUGUUUGCUUAGUUGUAUUUUCCAUGUUGU